CCACACACACACACACUCAGUGACGGCUGCCAGGCACAGUGGGAAGCAAGCCGUCAGGGAGAGAGCUGGAGAAGAAAGAGAGGGAUCGCAGAGGGAGGAGAAGAGAAGAAAAGAGAGUUGGAGGAGGCACCUUGUGGAUCAGAAGGGAUUUUCCUCAGGAUAAGGCUGUCUGCUUCUUCCUGAGCAAGAGGACUUUUUGCCGAGCCUUUUUCUCUUUUGCUCAUCCUCCACGCCGGGCUCCAGCGAUAUCUACCUAUCUAUCCCCAGAGCUUAACAAAAGAGGGAGGGAGUGAGAGAGAGAGAGAGUGAGAAAAAAGGCAGUCACAGCUUCAGCUCCAGACCACCCUCUUUCCUCCUCCUCCUCCUCCUCCUCAUCCUCUCCUCCAUCCAUGUGUGAGUUCAUCGCUGAUUCCACUGUCUUGUGAGAAUAGAGCAGAGGACAGCGUGUGUUCUCCAGGAUUCAGCCAAGCUCCCGGUGGGAUCAGGGUCUCGUCUGGUGUCUGUGUGUGACAGAGAGGAAGAACGAGACAGGGGAAGCGGAUACACAGAAAGAGAGAGAAGGAGAGACUGGAAAGCAAAUUGAAGGGGCAUGUUCAGGGCAGGAGAGAAGAAGUGAGUCUGAUUUUUUUUAGAUCGGAGAGUGCAAGGAACCGGCAAAGGAAUCCCAUCCAUUCCUUCCUUCCUCCUCCUCCACAUCAUCCUCUUUUUCUUCUUCCCUCUCCUUUUACCCUCUCUCCAUCCUGCUAUCAAAUCUCUCCUAUUGUUUCCUGCAUCAAGUCUGCUAUCCUCUCACAUCUUCCCUCCAGAUCCCCUUUUUUUUCUGCUGCCUCUCGAGAUUCUCUGUCUCUUCUUCCAGACCCAGGAGAAGGAUGAUUUUGUGAGGUUCCCCUGUGACCUCCCAGACGAGUAGACAGACUAACAUCCCAAGUACUAUCUCUCCUUCCAUCCUUCCCCUCCUCUUCGCGUUUUUUUACACACCUCAGCAAGAGAGCGUUCUCCCUCUGCAUCCUCUGACUCUUGGAAACAGUCGUCUAAAGGAUCCAGGCCAGCCCUUUUGGAGUGAUCGUAUCCCACCUGCACGCUUCUAUCUCCAGCCUCGAGGACCUUCAUUUGGAUUCCAGCUACAUGGGAAAACGUUUGGAGCAGCAGCCAAUGUACCCCCACUACACCUACUACUACCCCCACUAUCUCCAGACCAAGCAGUCCUAUGCUCCUCCCCCUCCGCCCAUGGCCCCACCAAGUCCUGGCACCACAGGAGGAGGAGGUGGAGGUGGAGGAGGAGGUCAUGGAGGAGGGCUGAUGGAGCAGCUUAGUAAGACUAACCUGUACAUCAGAGGCCUGCCGCCAGCCACCACUGACCAGGACCUCAUCAAACUCUGCCAGCCAUAUGGGAAGAUUGUAUCAACAAAGGCCAUCCUGGACAAGAACACCAAUCAAUGCAAAGGCUACGGCUUUGUGGACUUUGACAGCCCUGCAGCAGCCCAGAAGGCUGUGGCCUCUCUCAAAGCCAGUGGAGUCCAGGCACAGAUGGCGAAGCAACAGGAGCAGGACCCCACCAACCUUUACAUCUCCAACCUGCCGGUGUCCAUGGACGAGCAGGAGCUGGAGAAUAUGCUGAAGCCGUUCGGUCACGUCAUUUCCACGCGGAUACUGAGGGACGCCAACGGCCUGAGCAGAGGAGUCGGCUUUGCCAGGAUGGAGUCAACGGAGAAGUGUGAUGUGGUGAUCCAAAAUUUCAAUGGAAAAUUCUUGAAAACCCCUCCAGGCAUGACAGCCCCAGCAGAGCCGUUGCUGUGCAAGUUUGCUGAUGGAGGCCAAAAAAAGAGGCAGACCCAGGUCAAGUAUCCCCAGAAUGGCAGACCGUGGACACGGGAUGGAGAGAGUGGCAUGGCGUUGACGUAUGAUCCAGCUGCGAUGCAGAACGGGUUCUACUCUUCACCGUACAGCAUCUCCACCAAUCGGAUGAUUGCACAGACAUCAAUCACGCCCUUCAUCGCUGCCUCUCCCGUCUCCACAUAUCAGGUCCAGAGUACAUCUUGGAUGCCACAUCAACAGUAUGUUAUGCAACCCACAGGUGCUGUCAUCACCCCAGCCGCGGCCAUAGAGCCCAGUUUGUCUCUUCACCCCUCCAGUGUCAUGGCUCCUCUCACCCAGCAGAUGAACCACCUGUCUCUGGGCACCACAGGCACAUACAUGUCUGCUGCAGCAGCUGCUCCUAUGCAAGGAACCUACAUUCCCCAGUACACUGCAGUGCCUGCCUCUGCCAUCACAGUGGAAGGCGUGGUGACAGACGCAUCUCCCCAGACAGCCGCCCCCUCCUCGCAGGACGCCAGCGGGCAGCAGCCUUUAUCUUUGGAGAGCACAGGAGAUCAUGCCACAGCCUACUCUUACCAGCAGACUAAAUAAUAAGAUCGGUGGGAUCGUUGCUGCGUUGCCUUCAGAGGGACUGCACUGAGGCGCUGGAGACACGGACAGAAUCAAAAUGAAACAGGGACAUAGAAGAGGAGGUGAGGGACAACACUGAGCGCAGAAUGCUUCCACUGUGCACAGGCACCAAAUAAAAGACAAAAUGAUGAAAAAAAAAAUCUAUUAUAUUUCUUACCUGGUUGAACCAAGAAAUGACGGUUCGCUGAACUCGAGGACGAUGAAAUCAAACACAGUCCGCAACUGUGAGUUUAUCAUUUCUCACCACGAGACCGGACUUUGCCUCCAAAGGAAAACGAGAAGAAUCUAAACUCAACCAACAAGCUGUACAGAAAAAAAAGAACAUUUGAAUGUGCAGGUAGAUUUUCAGACUUUUUUUAUUAAAAAAAUACGUA